GAAGAAUUUUUGCAGCUAAUCUUCAGUAUUCAUCGUGACUCUGUUUUGGAUAGGAUUCAACAAAGAUAAUCCAAAAUGUUUACUAAGGUCUUGUGCUUCGCGGUUCUCGUAGCUGUAGUGGUCGCCCAGGAGGCAGAGCAUGGCCACCACGGGCACGGUGUGCCUCGGUCGGAAGUACACAUCAAGACGGUCCACCACGGACAUGGCCCGCACCAUUGGGUGGAGUCGCAUGGCCAUACGGAGCAUGGCCGUCAUGGUCAUGAGCACCAUGGGCAUGCCCGCUCGCAUGUACAUGUCUCACGUCAUGACAGCCCCCAUGGCCAUGAACACCAUGAACACGAACACCAUUCUCAUCCCAAGUACGAAUUCGAGUACCACGUAGAGGACCCUCACACUCACGACCAUAAGAUGCAGCAAGAGCAUCGCGACGGGGAAGUCGUGAAGGGCCGCUACAGCCUGCACCAGCCCGACGGCCACGUCAGACAUGUGGAAUACCACGCCGACAAGCACGGAUUCCACGCCGACGUAAAAUACAGCCAACAUCAUGUUUACCAGAUAUUCGUGGUUGCCGCUACCCUGGCUGUAACUCUUGCUCGACCACAAGAAGGGCACGGGCACAAUGAACAUGGACACGCGUACUCGUCUCAGAGCAUCAUCCUACACCAGAGCCAUGGUCAGGAGCAUGGACAUGAGCAUGGGCAUGGGCAGCUUGGUCAUGUUCAGCUUGGCCAUGUGCAACUUGGUCAUGUGCAGUACGAGCCCGUGCAUCUAGUGUCAUACCACGAGCCCAUUCACACUGAGUCACAUCACACUCACCACCACGCCGUCUCCUCACAAAACAUCCAGCGUCACGACGUACCCGGCAAGGCGCCCGAAGGCCACCACGACUACUACGCGCACCCUAAAUACGAGUUCGAGUACAAGGUGGAGGACCCGCACACCGGCGACAAGAAGUCCCAGCACGAGUCCCGCGACGGCGACGUCGUGAAGGGCUACUACAGCCUGCACGAGGCCGACGGCACUGUCAGGAUCGUGCAUUACACUGCUGACCACAAGACUGGAUUCAAUGCCCAGGUCCAGCGUGAAGGUCAUGCCAAGCAUGUAGUACCGGCUCAUCAUCAUUAAUUUACGUUGUGGUUUCUAAACUAUUUUUGAUUUGUGUUUAUACUUGUGAUACCUGAUUAUGU